AUGAAGCCCUUCACAGUCAUAGUUCUGGUGCUCGUCGUUGCUGUAGCACAAUAUGCCUCUCUGGCCACCGCCGCCGGUCCCAAGGUCAUCAUCGUCGGCGCCGGCAUGUCGGGGAUCUCGGCUGGGAAGAGGCUGUCGGAGGCCGGGAUAACCGAUCUCCUAAUCCUGGAGGCGACUGACCGCAUCGGCGGCCGCAUCCACAAGACCAAGUUCGCCGGGGUGAACGUAGAGAUGGGAGCCAACUGGGUGGAGGGAGUGAACGGCGACGAGAUGAACCCCAUCUGGACCAUGGCCAACGGCACCGGAGGCCUCAACCUCCGCACCUUCCGCUCCGACUUCGACCACCUCGCCAGCAACAUCUACAAGCAAGACGGCGGUCUCUACGAGGAGAAACUUGUCGACAAGAUUAUCAAGAGAAUGGAGGAGGUGGGAGAGAGCGGCAGCAAGCUCGCCGGCACCUUGCACCACAGCGGCCAGCAGGACAUGUCCGUCAUGGCUAUGCAACGCCUCAAUGACCAUAUGCCUAGCGGUCCAUCGACGCCAGUGGACAUGGUGGUGGACUACUUCGAGCACGAUUUCGAGUUCGCGGAGCCACCACGCGUGACGAGCUUGCAGAACACGCAGCCUCUCCCGACAUUCGACAACUUCGGCGACGACGUCUACUUCGUGGCCGACCAGCGCGGCUACGAGUCGGUUGUGUACCACGUCGCUGGGCAAUACCUCAGGACCGACCGCAAGUCCGGCGCCAUCGUCGACCCAAGGCUCAAGCUAAACACGGUGGUGCGCGAAAUAACCUACUUCCCGAGCGGCGUCGCGGUCAGGACGGAGGACGGCAAGGUGUACCGGGCGGACUACGUCGUCGUCUCCGCCAGCCUCGGCGUCCUGCAGACCGACCUCAUACGGUUCAAGCCGAAGCUGCCUUCUUGGAAGAUUGUGUCCAUCUACCAGUUCGACAUGAGCGUGUACACCAAGAUCUUCCUCAAGUUCCCCAAGAGGUUCUGGCCGGAGGGGCCCGGCACGGAGUUCUUUCUCCACGCCAGCGAGAGGAGAGGGUACUACCCGGUGUGGCAACAGUUCGAGAAGCAGUACCCGGGGUCCAACGUGCUGCUGGUGACGGUCACCGACGAUGAGUCGAGGAGGAUCGAGCAGCAGCCUGACAGCGAGACCAUGGCGGAGGCGGUGGAGGUGCUCAGGAAGAUGUUCCCCGGUGAGAAUGUGCCGGACGCCACGGAGAUCCUCGUGCCCAGGUGGUGGUCCAACAGGUUCUUCAAGGGCACCUUCUCCAACUGGCCCAUUGGCGUCAACCGCUACGAAUACGACCUCAUCCGGGCUCCUGUUGGGCGGGUGUACUUCACCGGUGAGCAUACCAGCGAAAAGUACAACGGCUAUGUCCAUGGAGCGUAUCUUGCUGGUAUUGAUUCUGCUGACAUCUUGAUCAACUGUGCCAAGAAAAAGAUGUGCAAGUACAAUGUAAAGGGGAAGCAUGAUUAAUCCAAAGAUUAGCCGCCAAGUGAAUGAACAAAUUAAGAAAACUCCAGAAGUUGCCGUUUCUCAAAGACUUGUCGGUGUUGAUCAUUGUCCA